UUUGUGCUCUUUUGCCCCCAGGUACUGCCAGUGAGCGUACCCAAGGAGCUCCUGGAGGACCUGUUGCCAGGACCAGUGACCCUGGUGAUGCAGCGUUCCAAGGAGCUCAACAAAGACCUGAACCCCUUUACUCCCCUUGUUGGCGUCCGGAUUCCUAACCAUGCCUUCAUGCAGGACUUGGCCCAAAUGUUUGGGGGACCACUUGCACUCACCAGUGCCAAUCUCAGCUCCCAGGCCAGCUCGCUGAGUGUUGAGGAGUUCCAAGACCUCUGGCCUCACUUGUCCUUGGUCAUUGAUGGCGGGCCAAUUGGGGAUAGUCAGAGCCCCGAGUGCCGCCUCGGCUCUACUGUGGUUGACUUAUCUGAGCCUGGAAAGUUUGCCAUUAUUCGCCCGGGCUGUGCCCUAGAAACCACUACAGCCAUCCUCCAACAGAAAUAUGGGCUGCUUCCUUCGCAGAGGUCCUGUUCAUGAAACUUGGGGGGGACCCAAGGACCAUGCUGGAUACUAUGUGUCUGCUAACUGGUUGGCAAGGCCUCAUUGGCAGAGGCUCCUGGUGCUCCACCUGUAGCCUGGCUUUUUAGGGAACAUCUCUCUGAACACUGUAGGCCAGAAGCUGCAGGUUGAGCCUUGUAGAAUCAUAAAUCAACCAAAAAUUGAACAAAGGUAAGAACAUUCUUAGAGCGGCCUUAUUAUUUUAAGGCCUCACUUUUUAAGUUGACAGUAAAUUGAGUGCAAAACUAGACUGUGCAGUCUAGAAGUCUCAGGACCAAUGCAGGAAAGUCAAGGAGCCCAAGACAGCUUUCCUGGGUACCAGAGAGAGGUCAUUUUAGGGAAAUUAUCCUGGGGGUCCCAAGUGAAAUAAUACUGGAAAAGAAAAUCUUGACUGUUCUCGGCCAGUGACUUUCUUAUUUAUUGAUAAAAUAAAUCAUAUAGUUCUGUGUUCUAUUUAGCUUCACUGUUUCCUCAGAAGCCUUUUCUCUUUGUUCAUAGGUGUGCCAAGUAGUCUCCAUAAUUAUUUUUGAGUAUUUAAGCUGUAUUUUUCUUUAUUAUUAAAAAAUGCUGCUGCAAACAA